GACGAGUUCUAUCUCCUCGACGAGAGCUCCCGUGGCACCGACGCCUGGAUUUGCAACGAGCAGUUGGCGGGAUGCUUCCAUACCACCGCCUGGUCCAGCAUCAAGUGUCGCACCUCCACCUCGGGGGGAAGCUGCGAGGCCUCUCUCGGUGGGGUGGUGACCGCCGACUUCGCCAGUGGAACUCUGGCGGAGAUCGCCUGUGCGCGUCGCCUGGAAGACGAAUUGUUGUCUGAGCUGUCGGGCGACUGGCAGCCAGACGAAGAGCCUCGAAAGCUACAAGGUACUGAUGACGAGGAACUGCAG